AUGGGCGCCACAACUUCAGCAGUCAAGGAGCAAGAGCCGCCGCUCGCCCCGCCAGAGCUCCAGCACCUUCAGCCGCUCGCCCUGCCCGCAGCGCCUCAACAACACGUUCAGCUGUGCGCCAUGACUCAAAAGGCUCUAAACGACUGCGUGGCGAUGUGGGGAGGCCGCGAAUCGUGCAUGGCCCUCGUCGACGCACAUCGCAAAUGCCUCCGCGACAAGGAAAUCAAGAAGAAAAAACUCGGAUCAGUGGCCUGCCUGCAGACGUAUGUCGGCGAGAACUACCUGGUGGAGAGGCCAUUGCGAAUACUGUCGCCUGCAGCGAGCCAUCGAUCUGGGGCUCGUCGUCGAGAAGGAAGAGCACUCGAUCGAGCUGACGAAGUCCCGCCCGACCCGAACAUCAGCCAUGCCCCGGUGUCGCGCUCUCGCCACAAACUCUUGGAUCCGCCGCUCCGCCAAUUUCAUGAGAAGCACUCGAUCGAGCCGACGAAGCCGCGCCCCGACCCGACCAUCAGCCACAAACUCCUGGAUCGGCCGCUUCGCCAAUGUCGUGAGAAGCAGAACCAGUUGCCCACGGCGCGCCCCAAGGACACCACCGGCCAUCCCGAGCCACGCCAAAUUAAACUACAGCUACCACAGCUGCCGGAACCUCAGGCACAGAACGAGUUGCCGACGGCCCGCCCCAACGACACCAUCGAGGAUGCCCACCAGCAGAAGCCGCCGAUGAUGGGCCGUGUUCGUGACGAGCUAGGGACAUUGUGGAAAUUCGAACUCUUGAAUUACUUUCCUUCCAAA